AUGCGAGAUCAUGGAGAUUCGCCAAAAACAUCGACCAUGUCCCACGAUAGUAACGUAAGAGAUUUGGAGAACUUUUUAAGAAAGCUGAAGAAACCUUCGGUGUUGGUAGGACACAGUUUAGGUGGAACAGCUGCCAUAGACUUAGCCUUUAAACAGCCAAACUUAGUUAAAGAAUUGAUAAUGAUCGACAUUUCGCCGUUGAAAUAUCCAGAAAAGGAAGAAGAUUAUGGUUUGAAUGUUUGCAACGAAACAAAACGACUGAUACUUAAACUGUCAACAAUUACUAAUCAAGUUGAGGAUAUUUCUAUAAUAAAAGAAGAAUUUAAUAAAUCAAUUAUGUCUCCUAGUUUAAGUAAGAUUAUGUGCUCGAAUUUGGAUAAACAUGGUGAAAAUUGGAGAUGUAAAGUUAAUAUAGAACCUAUAGAGAAGAUGGGAAAGCUGAAAGCAAUGAGAAAAGUUUACCCUUUAAGAGGAAAAUUUGAAGGAAGAUGUCUUCUUAUUCACUCAGAUUCAUCUGGAUAUGUCGUUCCUGGAUGUGACUACGAAGUGUUAAAGACGACCUUUCCCAAGAUAAAGAUUGUGUGUUUAAAAAAUUGUAGUCAUUGGAUCCACGUGGAUAUGCCAAGAGAAUUGACAUAUUAUAUUAUUCAACACCUCAAUAGAAAUAGCGUCACGGCUCAUUAAACACAAUAAAU